CAUUCUCGAUGACGAGGGGAGAGGCCCGCCAAUCGGGGCGCGCUGGCGGUUUAAAGGGCGUUGAAAGAGGCGGACCGAAAUUUGAAUUAAAAAAGCGUUGGAGUGUUGUGGCAAAAAGGGAGAGCGAUAUAUGAGGUAAUAAUGGACAAAACUGGCAAGGAGAACUCAAGUGGGAGCACAAAUCACAAUGUCAAGGCAGCUGUUCUGGAUGGUCCAAGACGAGUUCCUGUAACCCACAACAGGACAGCUGGAAAUGGAGUCCCUCCACAACGUGUUCUGACUCAUUCAAAUGUUCCCCAGAGAGUGCCUAUUCAGUCCCACGCACAGAAACCUGCUGUUGCCAACCCAAAACGUCCCAGUCAGUCAACUCAACAGCAACCAACAUCUCUCGUUCAGCCAACAUCUCGGAGUCUAGUUCAAACUAAGCCUAAUAGAACACCUCAGCAGCCUUACAUAUCUGCUUGUCUAUAUGCAGAAAAACCACCUGAACCAGAAGGUGUAUCAUAUCAGAAGAAUGAGAUAAAAGGAACAUCAAAUCCAAAAACUGAAACCAAAAAAAAACAGUGGUCGCUUGAUGACUUUGAAAUUGGUCCUCCUUUGGGAAAAGGAAAAUUUGGUAAUGUGUAUCUGGCUCGUGAAAAAGAAAGCAAAUUCAUCCUGGCACUGAAGGUUUUGUUUAAAACACAGUUGGAAAAAGCAGGUGUAGAACAUCAACUGCGGCGAGAAGUAGAAAUACAAUCUCAUCUUCGGCACCCCAAUAUUCUCCGGUUAUAUGGCUAUUUCCAUGACACUACGAGAGUCUACCUUAUCCUGGAGCAUGCGCCUCGUGGAGAAGUGUACAAAGAGCUUCAGAAACUUACCAAAUUUGAUGAGCAGCGAACGGCUACGUAUAUGACUGAACUGGCAGGUGCUCUAUCAUAUUGUCAUUCAAAAAGAGUAAUUCAUAGAGACAUAAAACCUGAAAACUUGCUGUUGGGAUCAAAUGGGGAACUAAAGAUUGCUGACUUUGGAUGGUCUGUGCACGCUCCAUCCUCUAGGAGGUCAACCCUAUGUGGUACCCUUGACUACUUACCACCUGAAAUGAUUGAAGGGAGAACCCACGAUGAAAAGGUGGAUUUAUGGAGCCUUGGUGUCCUCUGUUAUGAAUUUCUUGUAGGAAAGCCUCCUUUUGAGGCAAAAACAUAUCAAGAAACAUACAGAGCCAUUUCAAAGGUUGACUACAGAUUUCCUUCUUUUGUAACAGAGGGAGCUAAGGAUCUGAUUUCAAAGCUCUUGAAGCACAAUCCGUACCACAGGCUGCCACUGGAAGAAGUGCUUAGACAUCCAUGGGUUACAGCAAACUCUAAAAAAUCUUCAAGGCACCAAACUGCUGAUACCGCUGCUACUAACACAAGCCAAUCGUAGGAUGAUGGAUGCAGCUUUCAUAGUUAAUUACAUUUCAAUGUAAUCAAUAUAGGCUGCUUAAAGUUGGAUUUUAAAAACACAGAAUAUCUUGCAUUAUGAUCUGUUGACUGUGAACCUUAUAAAAUGCAGCUCAAUCUUAUGAUUUUCCUGUUGGCGCAUUAUCACAGGUCAUCUAGUAGUUUUGAGUAUCUUAACAUACUUGAAGUCCAGUUGCACAUGGUUCAAACACUGAGGCACAGUUGGAGGUCCUUCUCAACCACAUGACUGUCAUUUGUGUUGGUUUACUCUUUUCUUGAUAGCAACAUAAAAAGGAGCUGUGGCUUUCUACAACCGUGCAAUAAAAUGCCCUUUGAGGCUAAAGUUAACUGCAUGUGCAGUGAUGUGAAAUAGGUAGAAUUGUAUUCUGCAAUUGUAUGUGCAGUCCCUAAUUGUUCUGUCCUGUCCUGUCCUUGGUUGUGAGGCCUUUGAAACUUCUAUUGAAUAAAGACUUAUUUUUAAGGAACA